AUGUCGGAAAGUGGGGUGUCUGCAGCUAACGGUGUUCCGGCACAGCCCCUGCCACAGAAUGUCGGGAAGGAGUCCACACCGGCCAAGUCAGCCCCCAAGAAGCGAGGCCGACCUCCAAAAUCCAAGCAGGAGAAAAUCACCGACACCAUGAAGGUCAAGAAAGCCAAGAAGGUCGAGGACGACAAGGACAAGAAACCGAAGCGCAAGGUCGACCGCUUCAAGGGCACACCUGAGUCUGAACUUUUACUCCGUACACUGCCAGACCACCUCUGUCCCAAUCUGGACAUCGUGAUCAUCGGUAUAAACCCAGGUUUGAUGGCAGCGUACGUGGGUCACCACUACCCAGGCCCGGGUAACCACUUCUGGAAGUGCCUGUACAUGUCACGUCUCAUCGACCGACCCAUGACGGCCAUGGAUGACUUCAAACUCGUGAACUAUGGCAUCGGAUUUACGAACGUGGUGGAACGGACCACACCUGGAAGUAAGGAUCUCUCGCGGAAGGAGAUGGGAGAGGGAGCAAAGAUUCUUGUCGGGAAGCUGCAGAGAUACCAGCCCCGCAUCGCUGCGUUUAAUGGAAAGAGCAUCUACGACGCCUUCUCCACGGUGUUCUUCGGACGGAAGCUGAAGAAAGAUUUCCAGUUUGGUCAGCAGGAGGACCUGGUACCCGGAACGACAACCAGGAUAUUUGUGAUGCCGUCUUCCAGUGCCAGGUGUGCACAGUUCCCACGCGCACAGGACAAGGUGCAGUUCUACCUGCGUCUUAAGAGGCUGAGAAACGAACUUAAAGGAAUCCAGGAGACCAACCCGGACGUGGAGGAGACAGACUACUCCUUCGAUCUCAUCAAGGCCAUCGAAGACGCCAAGAGGACCAAGGUCAAGGAGGAAAAGAACUUUGACGUCGACACCUGUGCAGGUGCCCACGUGCAUGCAGACCCACCCCCACCUGUUGGGGCACCUGUCGGGGCAACAGGUGCUGCUCCAGGUGUUGCAGCUGCUGCAGGUGAAGCCGCACAACCCAACUGGGACAGUGUGUUCCCACCUAUGGACUUUGUGGACCAUAUACCUGAUAUUGUCUCUCAGUAACUCUCGGGAUUAUAUUAUUUUCUCAGGACAGAACUUUGUCUGAAAUUUCAACACAUUUUGCACAAUGAUGUAGAUUUCUGGGUUUCACUCUAAGAAUUCGUGUUUUUU